GCCCGGGCCCCGAGCUGUGCCGCCCGGCUCGCCCGGGCCCCGCCAAGGCCGCUGUGCCCCCGCCUCCGCGCAGGAGCACUCUCUCGAAACUCCCUGAACUUCGGGGACACUCCCCGAAGCGGCGAAACUCUCAGGCUUGGCAGCCCGGCCCAGGGACCCCCAUCCCGGGCAGCGCUCCUGGACGCCUUCCCCUCGCCGAGCUCCCGGAGGACACGUGCCUGGACUCCAAGGGCCUCAGGGGACCUCAGAGGGAGCUGACGGUCCCCAGCCCCUUGCCAGGCCACGAUGCUCAUGAGGAAAGUGCCCGGCUUCGUCCCGGCCUCCCCCUGGGGGCUGCGGCUGCCACAGAAGUUCCUCUUCCUUCUCUUCCUUUCGGGCCUUGUCACCCUGUGCUUCGGAGCGCUCUUCCUGCUGCCCCACUCCUCUCGCCUCAAGCGCCUCUUCCUGGCCCCCCGGACCCAGCAGCCUGGCCUGGAGAUGGUGGCGGAAAUCUCCGGCCAUCCCCGGGCCCAUGAGCAGGAGCCACCCCCCAACCCGGCCCCAGCUGCUCCUGCCCCGGGCCAGCACGACCUCAGCAGCCCGGGCCGCAGGAAGGGGUGGCUGCGGCGCACCCGCCCCACCGGGCACCGCGAGGAGGCGACGGCCCUCAGGCCGGAGGAGGAGAGCGUCCCGUUCAGCUUUGACUUUAAUGCCUUCCGGAGCCGCCUCCGCCACCCGGUCCUAGGGACUAGGGCCAGCGAGAGUGAGGAGCCCCAGAGCCGAGUGCGAGCCCAGCGGGAGAAAAUCAAGGAGAUGAUGCAGUUUGCCUGGCAGAGCUAUAAGCGUUAUGCAAUGGGGAAAAACGAGCUCCGUCCGCUAACGAAGGACGGCUACGAGGGUAACAUGUUCGGAGGCCUCAGUGGGGCGACGGUCAUUGAUUCUCUUGACACCCUCUACCUCAUGGAGCUGAAGAAGGAGUUCCAAGAGGCCAAGGCCUGGGUUGAAGAGAGCUUCCACCUGAACGUGAGCGGAGAAGCAUCCUUGUUUGAGGUGAACAUUCGCUACAUCGGAGGGCUCCUCUCGGCCUUCUACCUGACGGGGGAAGAGGUGUUCCGAAUAAACGGCCAUCAACUGGGAGAGAAACCCUGCCCAGCCUUCAACACCCCCACAGGAAUCCCAAAGGGGCGCUUGGGCCACGCUGGAAAUACCUAUUUUGACUCUCUCUGGGGUAUUGACAGGAAGUGCCUGGCUAACAGGUUGUGCGGCAACGGCUCCAAGUACGGUGCCUGGCACACAGCAGGUACCCCCUCCGCUGAGCAGCCACUGUUACUGUCAGCUGACGGCCACCUGUGCUGUUUCUGUCUUUUCAGCGGGAGCUGGGGCUGGGCCACAGCAGGCAGCAGCAGUAUCCUGGCAGAGUUUGGAUCCCUGCACUUGGAAUUCUUACACCUCACCGAGCUCUCUGGCAACCAGGUCUUUGCUGAAAAGGUCAGGAACAUCCGCAAGGUCCUCAGGAAGAUCGAUAAGCCCUUCGGCCUCUACCCCAACUUCCUCAGCCCAGUGAGCGGGAACUGGGUGCAACACCACGUCUCGGUUGGAGGACUCGGGGACAGUUUUUAUGAAUAUUUGAUCAAAUCCUGGUUGAUGUCGGCCAAGACAGAUAUGGAGGCUAAAAAUAUGUACUACGAAGCCUUGGAGGCAAUAGAGACCUACUUGCUGAAUGUCUCUCCCGGGGGGCUGACCUACAUUGCUGAGUGGCGAGGGGGGAUUCUGGACCACAAGAUGGGGCACCUGGCCUGUUUCUCCGGGGGCAUGAUCGCCCUCGGCGCUGAGGAUGCCAAGGAAGAAAAGAGGGCCCACUACCGCGAGCUCGCAGCCCAGAUCACCAAGACGUGCCACGAGUCAUACGCCCGCUCAGAUACCAAACUCGGGCCCGAGGCCUUCUGGUUCAACUCCGGCAGAGAGGCAGUGGCCACCCACCUGAGUGAGAGCUACUACAUCCUCCGGCCCGAGGUGGUGGAGAGCUACAUGUACCUGUGGCGGCAGACCCACGACCCCAUCUACAGGGAGUGGGGCUGGGAAGUGGUGAUGGCCCUGGAGAAGCACUGUCGGACAGAGGCGGGUUUCUCCGGGAUCCAAGACGUGUACAACAGCACCCCCAACCACGACAACAAGCAGCAGAGCUUCUUUCUAGCGGAGACGCUAAAGUAUCUCUAUCUUCUGUUCUCUGAAGAUGACGUGCUCUCCCUGGAAGACUGGGUGUUCAACACCGAGGCCCACCCGCUCCCGGUGAACCACUCAGACAGCUCCGGCAGGACAUAGGACAGGCAGACCCCGUCUCCCCCCGCUCCCGGGGCCACCACAGGGAUGCCUUGCCCUUUCGGGAUUUGGGACUGUUCUCAAAGGGAUUGGGAACGCAGGCCCCAUCUCGGGCAGCCCCCGAGCAGAUGUGUCAGACAAGCAACUUCUUUUCCUCUGUGAGGAGUCAGGACUUGGAGACGCAGCGACGUCAGACAAGGGCCACGGCCACACCAGGCCCAGACAUCCCUUGUGUGGAGAAUUUCUAUGAAGCCCAUUCACUUGCCAUUCCAGGGCCGAAGCACCGGAGGUUUGCAUAUCUACCCACAUGUCUGAUUUGCUUCCUUUUAGUUUUGGGGUUUUUGUUUUUGCUUGAUUUUGUCUUUUCUCUACGGUUGAGUUUUAUCACAAUUAUAGUUUUCAAAAUCAUGUGCUUUCUAAAACAGUGUCACCCUGAUACACACACACAAAAUCUUAACCCCGUUAUCUAUAUUUUAAAUGCCUUUUGCCCCACAUUUACUCCAUGUCCAACUAUGUGUCAUUUACUUUAUAAUUUGAGGAGGGGUUCCCCUUUGAUUUGGGCCUAAGUGUUACAAAUCACUAGUGCUAUUUUCAUUAUUGUAAUGGAGAAAUCUGUGAACCAGAAUAAAAGAGUUUAUUGAAUAAGAAA